AUUUUUUAAGUGAAAAUUUACUAUAAAUUAAAAAAAAAAAUCAAAAAUUUUAACAAAAAAAAAAAUCUAUUUCAAUGCACGAAAUAAUCGAAUUGUGUAAUGGUGAACAAAGUUAUGCGAAAAAUUCCUCUUAAACGGAGACGAAAAAACUAUCAAAAUGAUCAAAGUUUAAGUUGUUCACUUUUUACUGCCUCGACUGUUAAUAAUAAUAAUUCAUCGUCAUCAUUAUCUACGCCUGCCAAACGUUUAUUGCUGCCACAAUGGGUCACAUUCAGCGCCACACUUAUCAUUAUCGUCAUCUUUAAUAUCACAUGGAGUACAAUUUUGGGUUAUGUAGAUGCUGUCGCCGCUGCCGCCGAAAGGAAUGAGGAUGAUAGCGGUUUGGUUGAUCUUAUCAAAGAAUUCGGAAUAUCAGAUGUCCCAGUUGGUAUUACACAAGCCAAAGGCUUCUGUGGCAGUGAACGUAACAUCUAUCAAGCCUCAUAUCCAUCACCAGCUUUCUCUUUGACCAAAGAAGCUAUUCUAACAAUACAAACAUCGAAAGCCUUUCCCAAUGGCUUUCCCGAAGACUUUUCCAUCCUAAUAGCCCUUAAGCCAAGCAAUCGCAGCCAAGUCAAAGUUCCGGUAUUUACAAUUUACUCCGAAGAAAGUGAAGACGUUCUAUCGGUGACAAUUGGUCGAGAAAUCGGAAUGAUUUAUCAACAAGUUGAUGGUCCGAACUUUCAACGGAACGACAUUAAUUUUGGUAUUGGCAUCAAUGACAACAAAUGGCAUCGAUUUGGUAUCAGUGUGAAAGGGCAUGCGGCAACUUUGAUUUUGGACUGUAACAAACAAGUUACUCGAAGGUUAGACAGGCAACUUGGAUCUUCAUUACCGACAAAUGGUUUGAUAUUGACCGGGGUACAAUUGACAGAUGAUGAAGGCUUUUUUACUGGGGAUAUCCAAAUGAUGCAUGUGGCUGAUAAUCCUGAAGCUGGUUAUGAUAUUUGUUCGAAGUAUGUUCCGUCAUGUAGCCGAAGUAUUGUUGUAGAGUCUGAAGGGGACCCUAACAGCUUACGAAGGUUUGAAAGUUCAACUUGGAGUUCUGUCGGUGGCGAGGGGUUUGAAGCUUUCGAAGGGUCUAGUCGGUCUUCGAUUGAUGGUUUUAGUGGUGGACCAACGGGAAGCUCGAGCUUUCAAUAUUCAACUAGUGGGUCUUUAGGUGGAGGCGGUUCGACGGGAUCAAGCGGAGCCUAUAAUUACUUCCCAAAUGGUUAUGAAUUCGGUUCGAGAGGUGGAGCUUCUGGGUCUGCAUCGUCUGCUUUAGAAAAUGGAGAGAGCGGAACUGGACCGAAUUAUCAUUCCUCACGAUAUUCCCAAGGACCUGGAGACUCCGAAGAAAACAUUUCUGCAGCUGGUGGAAUAGAACCAACUGAUAACUCAUUAGAAGCCCCGAAUUCCACAGAAGUUGAAAAUUCUAGAGAGGAGUCUUUAGCCGGAAGUGGUCUCAACGGUCAUGGACACAUUUCUAAUAAAUCCGAAACAACAUCGCAAGAAAAUAGUGUUGGUCACGAUGGGGAUGAAUUUGAUUUGAAUUCUUUCAACACGGGCUUAGGUGGAAGUCGGGAGAGAGGAUCCGGUGGUAGGAAAAGACCAAAAGGUCGAAAGAAGCAUCGGAAAAUGGAUUCGGGGGUAAUGACUGAUUUGGCGACAAUUCCUCCGGAACGUCGAAAUAAUGAAACAGGAUUGGGACCCAAUGAACCUACAAGUGUAAACUGUUAUCCGGGACCGAGAGGUUAUACCGGACUUCCCGGACCUCCAGGUGAGAGGGGUCCGAAGGGUGAUCCAGGGAGAGAUGGUCUUUCUGGGACAGCAGGUGGUCCUGGUGCACCGGGACAUGUUUUUGUUGUUCCUGUUAGCCAAAGUAAUGAAAAGGGACCGGAUUCACAAGCAGAGGCUUUAAGACAAAUGCUAUCGCAGCAUAUGAUGUCUAUGAAAGGACCAGAAGGACCAAUGGGAUUGACUGGAUUGCCUGGACCGAGUGGGCCACCGGGUCUCCAGGGGACAAAAGGAGAACCGGGAGAUGUGGGAGAACCUGGUGCCAGAGGUUUGAGAGGUCCAGCUGGGACCCAAGGUCGUGAAGGUCGACGAGGACGAUCUGGUCGAGAUGGGGAACGAGGAGCAGUUGGGCCAACUGGAGUGAAAGGUGAAAUCGGACCGAUGGGAUCUCCAGGUUUGCCAGGUGAUAAAGGUCAUCGAGGAGUGCCAGGAGUUGCGGGAGAAAAAGGACAACAAGGUCUUGAAGGACAACCAGGUGAAGAAGGACCAACAGGCUUACCAGGUCUUCCCGGAGAGUUGGGACCUCGUGGUUUUCUUGGACCUCGUGGAUUCCCAGGGCCAGCUGGAAAUCCUGGUCUACCUGGUAACGAGGGUGUACAAGGUGUUAAAGGAAAUCCAGGAUUAACUGGAUUGCCUGGAGCACCAGGCCAACAAGGUGCAUCUGGACCACCAGGGGCUCCCGGUCAACAAGGUAACCUUGGGCCACCGGGAAUUCCAGGUCCAUCUGGCAAACCAGGUUUACCUGGUCUUCCCGGAGCAGACGGUGCUCCAGGGCGAGCUGGUACUCCAGGCUCAAUGGGCAGCAAAGGUGAUCAGGGAAUGCAAGGUGUUCAAGGACCAGUUGGAUUUCCUGGACCGCGUGGACCAAAAGGUGACGAUGGACCACGGGGACCAAUGGGAGACAAAGGUGACAAUGGUGAACGUGGUUUGGAUGGUGAGAAGGGAGAAACUGGUUUGCAGGGAGAGCGUGGAAAUGCUGGACCACCUGGUAGCCCUGGCCCUGAAGGUCCAGAGGGCCCAAAAGGUUUUGAAGGACCUCGUGGUGAAAUGGGAAUGAUUGGACCAACUGGGGAAAAGGGAAAAGAUGGACCUCAAGGAUUCCAAGGGUAUCCAGGAGCAACUGGAGACAAGGGUGAUAAAGGUGCUACUGGAGCCACAGGACCAGCUGGAAUAAAAGGUGAACGUGGACUGCAAGGAACUCAGGGAGAACGUGGUGAAAUAGGACCCAGGGGGUUCAGAGGUUCGAGAGGUCGGCGAGGUAACGAUGGUAUUGUUGGACCAAAGGGUGAUACUGGACAACCAGGUCCACCAGGAGCUCAAGGAGAGGCUGGGCGACAGGGAACAGAAGGACCAAGAGGUUUCAUUGGAAUGCCUGGACCACCUGGAGCCGAUGGAAAGAAUGGACCUCCUGGGCCAGCUGGAGAAAGAGGAUCACCGGGAGAACCAGGUAAACCUGGACCAACUGGAGAGCCAGGUGUAAUUGGGCCCAGAGGAGCUACAGGUGACAUGGGACAAGUUGGUGAGCCUGGUAUACCAGGAUUGCCAGGUCUUCCGGGAGAACCUGGACUGCCGGGCGAUGCAGGGAAAGAAGGACAUCCCGGUCCCCCUGGACAUAUGGGGAAUCCAGGACCACAAGGACCUACUGGCUUGCCAGGAUUUCCUGGAGAUCGUGGACAUCAAGGACAACCUGGCCUUCCAGGACUUAAAGGUGAACUUGGUAUUCCUGGAGCUCCUGGAAUACCCGGAGACAAAGGUCAAGCAGGUGAAGCGGGCAAAGACGGUCCCCAAGGUCAGAUGGGCCGACCUGGACCUCCAGGAAAUUUAGGAGCUCCUGGGGCAAAGGGAGAAGUAGGUGAAAAGGGACCAAUCGGACCAGUUGGUCGUGAUGGUUUGACUGGUUUACGUGGGCUGCCAGGUCCACCAGGGCCGGCAGGAACUCCAGGAGAAGAUGGUGACAAGGGUGAACUUGGACCUCCGGGUGAAAAAGGUCUUAAAGGGUCCCAAGGAGAAAUGGGUCCAAUGGGAUCAUCAGGCCCACAAGGACCUCGAGGAGAAUCAGGCCCACCUGGUGCACCAGGAGACAAAGGCCCAACUGGUGAAAUGGGCCGCGCUGGCAUCAAGGGUGAAGAUGGUAAACCUGGAAUAGCAGGUCCACCCGGUAAUAUGGGACUUCAAGGACUCCCUGGUCCGCCAGGAAUAAAAGGCGAACGAGGUGACGAUGGAAUGAUGGGACCUGUUGGACCAAUUGGAAUUCCUGGUGAACAAGGUCGUCGAGGGCCAAAAGGUGCUAGUGGAGCACAAGGAAAACCUGGUGCUCCCGGUCCAAUCGGUUUUACCGGAGCGGAUGGAGCUCAGGGACAACCUGGACCAAUUGGGCCUCCUGGAAAAGAAGGUGAACGUGGACAAAAUGGACCUAAAGGUGAAGAAGGUAAAUCUGGUUUACCCGGGCCACCAGGAAAACAAGGUAACUUAGGUCCAGAAGGACCAAAAGGUGCACUCGGACCUCGAGGUUAUCCAGGAAAUAAUGGCGAACCUGGUUUGCCUGGUAUAAAAGGAGAACCAGGAAAAGAAGGUGAUGACGGAAAACCAGGUGAACAAGGUAUGCCAGGCGAUUAUGGUCCACCAGGAAGAAUUGGAGAACCAGGACCGCCAGGCAAACAAGGUUCAGAAGGCCCAGCUGGUCUUCAAGGUAGCACGGGCCCAUCUGGGGAAAAAGGUGACAAAGGUGAUAUUGGACCAGCUGGUCCUAUGGGAAUUAUUGGACCACAAGGAUUACCUGGAACUCAAGGGCCAGCUGGCUUACGAGGACCUCCUGGUGUCACUGGUGAAACCGGCAGAGCAGGAAAUAUUGGACCACCAGGUCCAAAUGGAAAAAUCGGCGACACUGGACCAGAUGGACAAAAAGGUGAUCGAGGUCGACGUGGUCCCAAAGGACAUCGAGGUGAACUUGGAAUGGUCGGUCUGAAGGGAGACCAAGGAGAGAAAGGAGAUAGAGGAUUACGUGGACCACAAGGUCCAGAAGGUCGUAAAGGUGAUUUGGGUCCAAUGGGACAGUUGGGUUUCAAGGGUAACGAUGGUAUACAAGGACCUGUAGGAGAACCUGGUAAAUUGGGUCCAAAAGGAACAGAUGGUCCAACUGGUCCUAAAGGUGAUAUGGGACCAGCUGGCCCUCCAGGACCACCAGGUGCUCCUGCUGAUGCUCCUCUCAUUCCACCUGAACUCCUAUUUCAAAUGGGAGAAUAUGGAAACACCAAAGCCGAUCUUAGACGCCGAAGAGAUGUUCCAAGUUUCGAGGACCUUGCUGCUAUAGAUGAUGACGAUGAUGAUUUCAAUGAGUUAAUGGGUAUUUCUAAGGAUACAACAUCCAAACGAAAAUCUAAAAGAAAAAAAACAAAAAAAGAAGAUCUCCCACCGAAAUUCCAAGACAUGUACAGCGCCAUCUAUACAAUGCGUCAAGAAAUGGAUCGCAUUCGAAAACCUUUGGGAACACAAGAUAAUCCAGCACGUACUUGCAGAGAUCUACAUUUUGGUCAUCCACAUUUCAAAGACGAUUGGUAUUGGAUCGAUCCGAAUGCUGGCAUGGCUGAUGAUGCUAUCUAUGUCUUCUGUAAUAUGACUGGCGAUGGUGAGACAUGUGUCCCGGCUGAUCUUCAUACAGCACAAAUGCCCAGCAUUCCAUGGCGAAAGGAGGAAAAUUUGGAUUGGUAUUCGAAUAUGAGAGGAGCUUCAAAGAUCACCUACGAUACAAUUGGAUUAGUUCAGUUGACAUUUUUGAAACUUCUCUCACAGGAGGGAUAUCAAAACUUUACCUAUUCUUGUUCGAAUAGUGUGGCUUGGUUUAAUGCAAACGACAAUAACUACACGAAUGCUAUAAAGUUGCAGGGUGAUAAUGAAUUUGAAAUUGGAAAUGAAGGAACUCCAGUGAAGCCGAUUGUUCUGUUUGAUGGUUGCCAGAAUGGUAAUACCCAAUCAGAAACGAUUUUAGAAAUUCGAACAAAACGCUUAAGCUACCUGCCAAUAACCGACUUUUUCCCAAAAGACUAUGGACAACCAAAUCAAUCUUUCGGUUUUAAAGUUGGAUCUGCUUGUUUUAAAUAAAACAAAUAUGUAAAAGAAAAAUUAACGAAAAUUUUAAUUUUGACGAAAUGAAAAUGUAACUGGAAACAAUUUUGACUGCCAAAGAUAUUAACCGAUAACAGGUUAAGAACCCAACUAAGAAUUUUGCUUCUGUAAAUCUUUAAAGAUACUUCUGUAGCUUCUAUAAGAAGCUUUAUGGAAGCAAAAUUGUUAGUUGCGAAACUAAAUAAACUUUUAGUCCUCUAAGAAUCUGAUUAAGUGUACUUACUAGUUAAAUUAAUUUUAUAAAAGUGUAUUUUUUUUAUUUUUAAGGUUUAUUUUUUAAGGAGAGUCAUUUUAUUUGUAAGAAAAUAAAAAUA